CUCUCUCUCUCUGUCAGGAUGGAGAUGAUGAUGAUGUUCAUGAUGCUGAUGAUGAUGGUCUCUGUGUCCCCUGGUCCUCUUCCUCCGUCACUUGGCUCCUUCAGUCAGGAAGGAAACACCACAGACAGUCUUCUUCACCAUGUAACGGAAAACUCCACCAGGAACCACUCAAUCAUGCCUGUUUACACGUUUUCCCUGGGAUGCCCUCUGCCCACCUGUCAUAUCAUAAACCUUGGUUCAGAUCUGCAGAAAGGCGAUGAGAAAGCAGGUGAUUCCACCAAAAACCCGCUGGGCCCUGGAAAAAAAUAACGACACAGCUCUUCAUUGAUGACAUCAUCCCCACAGCUGUGAUGAUCAAUCCUCUAUAAAUCCAUAUUUCCUACAUUCAAUCCUCUACGACAAUCGUCCUGUGAUCACUAUACGACAGUGUACAUCAUGUGAUCAGUACAAUAUCCUGUGAUUCAUACUUUACUUUAUUAAUACAUCCAGAAAUUACCCUUCAACAAAUAUCCUGACAUCAGUGAUCAGUCUCUAUGAACAUUACCGUAUUGAUUCAAGUAGAAGACAACCUUGAUUAAACAUGUCAAUGCUUCCUUU